AUGAAGAAAAACCUUUUAAUCUUUAGUACAUUAAUAAAAAUACUUCUCUUUCCCGCAUAUCACUCAACAGACUUUGAAGUACACAGAAACUGGCUUGCCAUUACUCAUAGUUUGCCAGUUCAACAAUGGUAUCAUGAAAGUACUAGUGAAUGGACGCUCGAUUAUCCUCCAUUUUUUGCAUGGUUUGAGUGGGCUCUUUCUCAGUUUGCACCGAUAGCUGAUAAUGAGAUGCUCAAAGUGACAAAUCUGGACUAUGCAAGUAACGAAACGAUCUAUUACCAACGGGCAACAGUUAUUGCGAGCGAGUUGGUCUUAUUCUAUGCUCUCGUCAA